AUGGACGAAUUAACUAGACUCUAUUCUCCGUCAUGUUGGGUUGCAGGAAAAUCAAGUGAAGAGGUCAUUUUUCAAGAGUUGUUUUCAAAUGACAUAAAAUAUUUUUAGGUGAUGUCAGAAUUUAUUUCCAAAACUCAAGAAGCCUUCGAAAAUUUGAAAAAUAAUUUGGAAAUUCCCCGAAGUCUCGAUAUUUCUUAUGGUUCAAAACCAAAUAAAAAAAUCGAUUUGUGGGGACCAAAAGAUUCUAAAAACUUGUUAAUCUACUUUCACGGUGGAUAUUGGGCAGCUGGUUCUCGACACGAUACCGCCCCAAUUUUACCAUGCGCCUUAAAAUCUGGAUAUACUGUCGCGGCGAUGGGUUAUGAAUUGGCAACAAAAAAUAUUGGAUCACUUCCGGAGACAAUAUCUGAUGCGAUUCAAGGGACACAGUAUGUUUUGGAGAAUUUCGGAGAUAAUUUUGAAAAUAUAAUUGUUGGCGGACAUUCGGCUGGAGGACAUUUGGCAAUUCGUGCGGUUUCGGGAUCAGAAAAUUCGAAAAAUUCAAAUAAAAUUAAAGGAUUAUUAUUGUUUUCAGGCGUAUAUUUUGUUGAAGAAUUGGUUGAAACUGACAUUGGCAGAGAUAUUAGGUAAGAACGAAAAAAUAGGAAAAAAUUAAUUCAAAAUGUUUUAGCCUAACUGCCUCGGACGCCAAAUUAUCUACCUGUGAUUUCAAGUUGAUUCGGGUUCCUGGAUCAAUAAACCAAGUUCAAAUAAUUUUGGGACUUCAAGAAUCUCCAAAACUCAUCGAGCAAAAUCGAGAACUCAUGGGGGAUUUUGCCAAUACUUACAAAAUUGAUGAGUUUCCUGACGAUUCACAUUUUUCGAUUAUCACUGGAUUAUUGAAUGAGCAUUCAGAUGUUUUCAAGACUGUUUCUCGAUUUUUGAACAGUUUUUGA